AUGCAGGAUACAUCAUUAUCACCGCGUCUUCGACAUCUCCUAAUUCAAGAGGAUAGAUCAACAGGUCGACUGAUCAUGCCUACAAGAAGCGAUAUACGUUCAUCUAUAUCAUUAAAUGAUGGACCAUUACCUGCGCCAGGAGCAGGAGCAGGAUUAGGAAUAGGAUUUGGGAACGGUACUCCAAGUCAGACACAUAAUCAGUUAUCACCAUCUUCCAGAAACUCUUCACCUGCGAUGUCACCUACUUCUCUGUCCUUCGAUUCCUCACCAAAUGACACCAAACGUGCCCUUCCUUCGGAUGUCAGUCAACACAGGCUGGCAUUACCUUCACCCGUCUCGUCUAAUCGACGACCCAGUAGUAUAUUCUCAUUACUUAAUGGGUUGAGUGUAGGUGGAUCACCGCCUUCUUCAGCAUCGUCGAUAGGAAGUGGAAUCGUCUAUGCCAAUGGUAUCGGACAAACACGUGAAGAGAGAAGGGAAGAUGACGCCAAGCCCAAAAUCGAUUUAUCAUCUUCAUCGUCAUCUUUUGCCUCUCCUUAUACAUCUACCAGACGUUUAUCCUCUGCACCGAUAUCACCCAAUAAUGAGUACUACCCGGCACCCUACACCGCUCCAAUUGUAACACAUCGACAAUCGAUGUAUUUCGAUUCAAGACCUAUACAACAGCAACAGCAACAUAUUCCCCCACCUGAACAGCCGAAUUUCGCCGGGAGCGACAGACCGGGACUGCUACGUCGGCAUUCAUCUCAUCCUUACGAAUACACCUCUUCCCCAUCAUCAACUUCGAGGCCUACCACAGCAUAUGCGACUGGACCGAUCCACGAGGCGGAUUAUGCGGGUAUGGGCGCCAGAGCACCAAUUUCGAGGACGACAAAGGCUUGUAAUGCCUGUAGGAACAGGAAGGUCAGAUGUGAUGCCGGUGGAGGAGAUAUGGGACCUUGUUCAAGAUGCGUAGAGAGUGGUACAACGUGUGUGUAUACAGGUGCGCAGAAAAAGAGAGGUCCUUGUCCCGGAACCGCAAGGCAAUCAAUCAGUAAACCCCGUCGCCCAUCUACCCAAUCACAAAUUUCCUCUCAUCGAUCUUCCGUCGCUUCCGUCCAGAGCUAUAUCGUUACGCCCACGGACGAACAGGCCCCAUGGUCUAGGAGUUCUUACGGCUUCCCACCUGCGCCUCCUACCUUCAACCUACAGCAAAAACAACCAGACCCGUCAGAAUGGUCAUCCAUCGCUCCUGGUAAAGGUAGACCGUCGACUUCCACUUCUGCUUCUACAACCUGCAUGACUCCUGCUCGAACAUCUAAUGGAAAUGGGAUCCCACAUCCAAACGGAACGACGGUUAUCUCAUGGUCAAAUGUUUCGGAAAACAAUAUGGAUAUGAAUCAUAAUGGAAUGGGAAUGUUUGAUCGAGAUUAUGCUUUAGGACCUAGAAAUUCAAUACAUCUACACAAACUCGCUAUCGAUCCUCCUCCUCCGCAUCAUCACCAUAAUCUGAUAAACGAUAGUGCGCCCAGAGCAUUACCACCCUUGAGGGUAGCUAUUGACAGAGGGGGCACUUAA